GAUAACAUUUUGAUGUGGAGAUGGCAGAACUAAAUCCCAAGUUCCUUAUCGAACUAGAGCAUCAAACUCAUCCAACAUAGCCCUCUACCAUUGGGGUGACUCAAGGUUUGACUCACGCAUGAUGGCUCAAUGGUGGCGGGGAAAGGGUGUUUGGUGGCAAGGUGCGUCUAUUUGGGCUUAAAGAUAUUAUUUAAGGACCAGCAUCAUGGGGUGAGUUAGGUGCGUGAUGGGUGAUGAGGGUGGAGGGGAGGUCAGUGCUAACCCAGGUAGAGGAGAUUCAGUGAUUAGGGAAGAGAUGGAAGGAGAGCAAACCAAAUCUGAGCCGCAAGUAGAGGGGGGCGAUGCGUCCUGUGAAGUUAGGAUGACAAAGUCCGGCAGAGGAGAGGCGGUAACAAUGAAUGGUAAGGGUGAUGGCAAGGCUGGGGGAGAGGCAAAGGAAGGCAACGUACAGGAGAGGCCAGGGUUUGGUGUUGGAGAAGAUGGCUAUGGAGGGAUUAAAGAAAAAAGUGAUUGUGGAGUAUAGGUGAGAACAAGAGAAAGCUGAUUUAGAGGGGUUGAUUGAACAGUAAAGUCCUGAAGGAAAUUGAUUUGGAGGGGUUGAUUUUCAUGCCUUGAAAUGCAUAUUUUAUUAGUGUGAGGAUCAAAGCACUUGUAGCCUAGGUGAUCAACAGAGUACCCAAUAAAGAUACACUGAUGGG